AUGCUCAGAAAAGCCUUGGAAGACAUUCCAAAUAUCAGCGUGACAGUGGUUGAUUACAAUGGCCGUGUUCCGUUCCUCAGCCAACUCGCCUCUACUCAUAAUUCGGAUGUGUUCAUCGGAAUGCACGGCGCUGGACUCACUCAUCUUCUUUUUCUACCGGAUUGGGGUGCCAUCAUGGAAUUGUACAACUGUGAUGAUCGUAACUGCUACAAGGAUUUGGCGCGGCUUCGUGGAGUGAAAUAUUUCACUUGGGCAGCUGAGAAGGAACACCUGAUCUAUCCCGAAGACGAAGGCGCUCAUCCGCAAACGGGUGUACCGCACAAGAAGUUCACGAAUUACAGAUUUGACCCUGAUGAAUUCGUACGACAGGUCAAAACGGAACACCUGAUCUAUCCCGAAGACGAAGGCGCUCAUCCGCAAACGGGUGUACCGCACAAGAAGUUCACGAAUUACAGAUUUGACCCUGAUGAAUUCGUACGACAGGUCAAAACGAUGGUUGAAUACGUACGUCGUCAUCCUAAGUUCGUCGAGGAGAGGCGUCGAUUACGAAGAGCUCAAAGGAAGAUGGAGGAACUCUAA